AUGAUUUUUUACUUUAACCUUUGCAGACUGGUGCGUCACGACUGGACAAAUUCUGCCGAACCAAAAACAAACAAAAUAAAAAAACAACUCACAAAAACUGCAGCGAGCUCCCACAAGAGUUCCAGAAGAAAAUCCAGCAAAGAUCUUGAGGAGCUGAGAGAGGCAGUGGAGUCUCAUAAGCGCUCUGCAGAGACAGCAGUAGAGGACAGUGAGAGGAUCUUCAUUGAGCUCAUCCGCUCCAUUGAGAGAAGCCGCUCUAAGGUGAUGCAGAUGAUCAGAGAACAGGAAAAGGCUGCAUUGGGUCGAGUUGAAGGACUCAUCUAUCGACUGGAGCAGAAGAUUGAUGAACUGAAGAGGAGAGAUGCUGAGCUGGAACAGCUUUCUCACACAAAUGAUCACAUCCUUUUUCUCAAGGUAACACAUCUGAAAUACAGAAAUUUUCCAGUCUCUCCUGAAUCUACAGAUACAUCCAGCAUCACUGUCAGCUCUCUCCUCUCUUUUGAUGAAGUGAGAAAGUCCCUCUAUCAACUGAAAGAAAAACUGCAGGGUUUCUGUAGAGAGGAGAUAGGCAAGAUAUCUGGCAAAGUAACAUAUGUUGAAAUUAUUCCCACCAAUGAACCCAAGAUCAGGGAGGAGUUCCUGCAGUAUUACAGUAAGUUCACUCUGGAUCCAAACGCAGUGAAUGAACACCUCCGUCUGUCCGUCUGGAAUGGAGUGGUUAAUGUCCCUAACGUAGUCCAGCAGUGUCCUGAUCAUCCAGACAGAUUUGAGGAUUAUCCUCAGGCUGAGCUGAAGAAGGAGCCCGUCCCACUGCAGGAUGAUUCAGACCUGGAGAAAAAGCGCAGGGAGGCUGAUGCUCUGCUACAGAGUAUGGGCAUCACACCAGACGCACCUGUGGCAAGACCACCCCUUGCAGUCUAA